UCAAACUCAAAAAAAAAAAAGAAAAAAAAAAGUAGAUUGCAUUAUACAAAACCCUAAUUCUAAAACCCUUGCAGCGAACUCUCUGCUUCACCUUCUCUCUUCUUUUUCUGCUUAGUGUAAUUUCAAAAUGGUUCGAAGCUUAAAGAACCCCAAAAAAGCUAAACGCAAGAACAAGCAGGUGGGGAAGAAAGGAGAAGGAUCGUCGGAAACAGUACCAUCAUUGCCAGCAAAGGUAUGGCAACCCGGUGUUGAUAAAUUAGAGGAAGGUGAAGAGCUUCAGUGUGACGCUUCUGCUUAUAAUUCUCUUCAUGCUUUCCACAUUGGUUGGCCUUGCUUGAGUUUUGAUGUGCUGCGUGACUCACUCGGCUUGGUGCGGACUGAGUUUCCACAUACCGUAUACUGCGUAGCAGGAACACAAGCAGAGAAAAGUUCUUGGAACUCGAUUGGAAUAUUUAAGCUAUCUAAUAUAUCUGGGAAAAGGAGGGACUUGGUGCCAGACAAGACAGGUGAUGAGAACUCUGAAAUGGGCAGCGACAGCAGUGACAGUGAUGAAGAAGAAGAGGAAGCUGGAUCGGGGCCACCUGUACUACAGUUACGCAAGGUGUUUCAUGAAGGAUGUAUAAAUCGCAUACGUGCUAUGACACAAAACCCGCAUAUAGUUGCUUCUUGGGGUGAUACUGGUCAUGUUCAGGUUUGGGAUUUUAGCUCGCAUUUAAAUGCUUUGGCAGAAUCAGAGAGUGAUAGCAGCCAUGGGCCUUCUGCAGUCUCUAAUCAAGCACCCUUAGUUAAGUUUGGUGGACAUAAAGAUGAAGGCUAUGCUAUAGACUGGAAUCCUCUUGUUCCUGGGAGGCUUGUGUCAGGUGACUGCAGGAAUUGUAUCCAUUUGUGGGAGCCAACAUCUGCUGCAACAUGGAAUAUUGAUGCCAAUCCUUUCAUUGGACACACUGCAAGUGUUGAAGAUCUUCAGUGGAGCCCUACAGAAUCUUCUGUAUUUGCCUCUUGCUCAGUUGAUGGAAAUAUUUGUAUAUGGGACAUCCGCAAGGGGAAAUCUCCUGCUGCAACCAUAAAGGCACAUAAGGCAGAUGUCAAUGUUAUAUCAUGGAACAGGUUGGCGAGCUGUAUGCUUGCGUCUGGAAGUGAUGAUGGGACAUUUUCUAUUCGAGAUCUUAGAUUGCUCAAUGAAGGAGACGCUGUAGUGGCACACUUUGAGUAUCACAAACAUCCCAUCACUUCUAUUGAAUGGAGUCCCCAUGAAGCCUCAACAGUGGCUGUUUCAUCAUCAGACAAUCAGCUAACAAUCUGGGACCUUUCUUUGGAGAGAGAUGAGGAAGAGGAGGCAGAGUUCAAGGCUAAAAUGAAAGAGCAAGUCAAUGCCCCAACAGAUUUGCCCCCGCAACUUCUCUUUGUUCAUCAGGGUCAGAAAGAUUUGAAAGAACUUCACUGGCAUUCUCAGAUCCCAGGAAUGGUUGUAUCCACAGCAGCAGAUGGAUUUAACAUACUCAUGCCAUCAAACAUUGAAAACGCGAUUCCUGCAAAUGAUGCGUCAUAGUUUGUUAAAGUUAGUGCGCAUUUUGAAGUAUCUCCUCGGUGAUGGCAUUUAUACUUUUGCUUUUGUAAUAUAGUAUUGUGCCAGAGUUGCAGCAAUUUUGUCCAAGUUUCUAUUUAUGGAUCCUUGAGCUAUAGCAAUACAUAAAAGUGAACAUAUUGCAUGGUUGAAA